CUGCUGCUGCUGCUGCUGCUGAUGGAGUGGGCGGGUUCGGGGCUGCUGUAUGGUCGAACCGAGCCGUUCGUCCGAUCCGCCACAGCAUCAGCGGGCACCGAUGAAAGGCGCUUUGUGCCCCGAUAAUCCGCUCUGAUGUCACGGUGCAGAAGGAGGGGCUGAGUUUCCUGCUUUCAUCGCACCGGCUCGUUGUUGUUGUUGUUCGGAGGAACAAACCGAGCCGAGCCGAGCCGAGCCGGGCCGGGCCGGGGCGAGGACAGGAGGGGGGUUCGGGAGGAGGGAGGGGGGAGGCGAUGUGGACCACGGCGGCCGACGGAACCGGGCCUCUCCUCCUCCACGAUGAAGGCUGAUCUAUGAGUGGGGUUUCUGAAAACGUGAGUCUAAUCAUAGCCCAGCGAUGAGCCAAAAGUAUCACGAAGAUGCCACAGGGGAGGCAGACGAGGACCACAUGGCAGCCUCUGUGUCCCCGAGUAGCCGGCAGCCCAAUGGAGAACCUUCUGUCCGUCGGUCCUGGAGGCCGUGUCAGAUGCUCAACCAAGAAGGGGAAGUGAAUCCUCACCACCACCACCGCCACCAUCACCAUCCUCCUCACCACCACCACCCUGCGGGUCGUGGACCCCCUCGUCAUCGCAGACGGCCUCCAUCGGGCCAAGGUCAGAUUCAGAGUCCUGGUUCGGCCCCGUCUGGGGUUUCUUCCAGGUCCGACGCUGGAGAUGGUCAGGACGGCGAGCCUCGUACGCUGCAGCAACUUCGCCCUGCCGUUACCCGCUACCGCCGUCACGGUGACCCCAACCCUAGACUCAGAGGCCACAAACAGCGUCAGCAGUUCAAAGAAAUGCAGGAUUCUCCACCUGGUGCUGAUGGGAGAACAAGUACAGCUGAGGUGAAGCCACAGGAAUGCGCUUCGUUCGGCCCGGUGGAGAACCAACCACAGGACAGAGGUUCUCCUCAUCAAACUCCAGAUGUUGUCGUUACUCCAACUCACCUCUCUGCUGGUCCUGCGGUACACGAUGUGCAGGUUGAACCCCAACAGGCCUCUGCUGAUGCAGAAGAGGACCUCCACCAACAAAAAGAAGAGCGUGAAGAGGAAUAUCGUGAGCAGGUGGCCGAUGACAGAGCAGAGGGUUACUUUAUCUGCAGCCAUGAUGAAAAAGCAGAAGAACAAGCCGAAAAGGUGGAGGAGGAUCGGGAGGGCGUGGUUGACAAAGCAGAGGAUGAUCCUACAGCUCAGGGAAGUGAAAUUACAGAUCUCUGCUCCGACACUGAAAGCGCUGCCUCACUCAGUAUGGAUGGACCUCUCCACAGCCCCCCACCUCUCCAGUCACCAACUCCUCCUUCUUCCCCCGAUGUCCUACCUUUCCCUCAGGUGGACCACUUCAGUGAGGACGUCAGCAUGAGCUCUCUGCCCGACAACAAUCCUUUACCUGAAGAGGAGGAAAACGACUGCUCUGAAUCAUGUUCACUGUCCCACUCGACCUCUUGUUCUGAAUCUCAUCCAAAAACCUAUGCAGACUUUUACACUGAGUCCCACCAGAAACCUUACGGAGAGACCAUCUUUGAAUCGUAUUCUGACCCAAAAUGCUAUCCCAACUCGUUCCCUGAGCCGCUUAAGACCUCCUAUCCUGACUCACACAGGGAAUCCUGCCGGCAAUCUGGUCGGAGGGCAGAGGCUAACAAGCAGGAGUCACAGCAAGAGCCCUCUGUCAGCCACAGACUGAAGAAUGUUCAAAGGGGGGCUUCGUCCUCCCCCACAGAGGGAUUCUACCACGCUCCAAGACAGAGCAGAGACCAUGGAUCCCGUCCCUUCCCUCUAGAUCGCUCUGUUGGCUGCCGGCUGCACCACUACGACGGGCAGUCUGACAGUGAAGGCGAGGGCACUGACAAAAGUCCCCUUUCCAAAACUGGCAGGGUGGCACCCAAGCAACCACUAACCCAAGCCAAGGCCUCGUCCCCUGGGCAGUCUGGUUCAGGUCAAGCCAAAAAUGAUCGAAAUAUGGUGGGGCUCUCAGGGGAAGCUGCAAAGGGCUCUGGAGACGCCAUCAGCCUGGCGAUUAAAGACAUAAAAGAGGCGAUCGAGGGGGUGAAAACCAAGGCGGUGCGCUCCCCCUACACACCUGACCAACCUGUGGAGCCGAUCUGGGUGAUGAGGCAGGAGAUCAGCCCCACAGAGGAGACUUCCCCUCACUCUCCGUCUCAGUCAGCUUUGGAUUCUCCGUCCCGCUACGUCUCACUUCCGAUCCGGGAUGGCGUCAGUCCUCCGAGGGCCGAGUCAUCCAGAAACCUCAACCCAACCCAACAUAACCACCACCACCACCAAGGCCACCAGUCGAGGGCGCCGCAGGCGUACGCCAAUCAGCAACCACCGUGUCAACGUCAGCAGCAGCCGAGUCAACAGCAGCCUCCCGCUCAAGCUCAGCCACCGUCACCCUCUCAGACGCAAUCUGCCCAGGAGGUUCGUCGAGCUCUUCCUGCUUUUCCCACAUUUGUGGAUGUCCCGGGCCCAUGCGACCCUGAAGACCUGAUCGACGGCAUCAUCUUCGCCGCGACCUACCUGGGCUGCACCCACCUGCUUUCAGAGAGGACGCCCACGAAGAGCGCUCGCAUGCAGCAGGCCCAGGAGGCCAUGAGCAGAGUGCGGGCCGCACAAAAACAGGCGAAGAACAGGAAAAAGAGCCCCGACGCCGAGGCUCCGUCCACCGCCGAGGUGGACCUGUUCAUGUCCACGCAGAGGAUCAAAGUCCUCAAYGCAGACACSCAGGAGGCUCUGAUGGACCUCCCGCUGAGGACCAUCUCUUACAUAGCUGAUAUUGGUAACAUGGUGGUUCUGAUGGCGAGGGGCAAGAUGGUGCGGUCCCACAGCGCUCAGGAGAACCUGGACCACACGGCGGAGCAGACCAGCAUGACCCACGAUGACAGGAGGAUGUACAGGAUGAUCUGCCACGUCUUCGAAUCCGAGGAUGCCCAGCUCAUCGCCCAGUCCAUCGGGCAGUCCUUCAGCGUGGCCUACCAGGAGUUCCUGAGGGCCAACGGCAUCGACCCCGAGGACCUGAGCCAGCGGGAGUACAGCGACCUGCUCAACACUCAGGACAUGUACAACGACGACCUCAUCCACUUCUCCAAGUCAGAGAACUGCAGAGACGUUUACAUCGAGAAGCAGAAGGGCGAGAUCCUGGGGGUGGUGAUCGUAGAGUCGGGCUGGGGGUCCAUCCUCCCCACCGUCAUCAUCGCCAGCCUGAUGCACGGCGGGCCGGCCGAGAAGUCCGGCAGACUCAACAUCGGGGAUCAAAUCAUGACCAUAAACGGGACGAGCCUGGUGGGCUUACCCCUCAGCACCUGCCAGAGCAUCAUCAAGGGUCUGAAGUCCCAGUCCAGGAUCAAGAUGAACAUCGUCCGGUGUCCUCCGGUCACCAUGGUGCUGAUCCGAAGGCCAGACCUCAGAUACCAGCUGGGCUUCAGCGUUCAGAACGGCAUAAUCUGCAGCUUGAUGAGAGGCGGCAUCGCAGAGCGAGGCGGCGUCCGAGUCGGUCACCGCAUCAUCGAGAUCAACGGCCAGAGCGUGGUGGCGACCCCUCACGAGAAGAUCGUUCAGAUCCUGUCCAACGCCAUGGGCGAGAUCCACAUGAAGACGAUGCCUGCGGCCAUGUACCGCCUGCUGACGGCGCAGGAGCAACCCGUCUACAUCUGAACGCAUUUCCUCCUCCUCUUUCUCCCCCAUCCUUUUAACUCCGCCCCUUCCUCUGUGUCCCGUUCCACUUGCCUUAAUCUGUACAGUUGACUGUCACGUAAACUCCUUCAUCCAGUCUGACAGCAGAAGGCAAUCCGUAUCACUACACUGAGUGUUUCUGUGACUCUUUAGGUUYGACCAAAGACAACUUGUAGGGUUUUUGUGUAUAUUUAGGUUGCAAACAGAGACAAUAUUAGCUUUGGUCUAAUAGCUGUAAUAUCUGAAUGUACUCCAAUCAUGAUGGACCUAUUAUUGUCAGGGUGACCCGAACGGUGAAGAGCUUCAGAGAGAAAAGGAAAAUGCAUGUAUAAUUCUGCAGAAUAAACUGAAGAAAAGCCUGAA